ACCUCCUCUUGCCAACACUACAGGUAAAAAAUGGGAAAAACAACCUUCAGACAAACCUUCAUCUGUUGACAACCAAAUUAAUGCAGAAUCUAAAACAACUGCUCAACAAGUACACAACAAUGCCACCUCCUCCAGCACCUUAUCUCUUAUUAAUCCUCUAACCUAUCUAACUAGCAAGUCUAAUACAAAAACUACAGCAACA